AUGAACGCCGCCCCGAGGCUCUUCCCACCCUUGGUUCGCGGUUAUUGUCGAAAUGCGAUCCGCCAUGUCAGCACUGCUCGUGGACGUGAAAGCCAGACGAUGCGCCUACCCGAUGGUCGUACUUUAGGAUUUGCGGAGCAUGGCCGACCCGGCGAUUACCCAGUUCUCUUCAUGCAUGGAUAUCCUAGCUCGCGCCUUGAGACCCUAGACAUCGAUGAUACAGCCCAGCGCCACAAGAUUCGCAUUAUCACACCAGACCGCAAUGGCUACGGUCUCACCACUUUUGACCCCGAGCGCAGGAUCCUAGACUGGCCGGAUGAUGUUCAAGCACUGGCUCAGCAUCUUGGAUUGACCCGCUUCGCAGUUCUCGGCGGCUCCGGUGGCAGUCCAUAUGCGUUGGCAUGUGCAUAUCGGCUGCCCCCGGAGAUGCUCUCUGCAGUUGGCAUCAUGUGUGGUGCGGGCCCAUGGGAGGCAGGGGCUUAUCAUAUGUCUCUGCCAUACCGACUCAGCGCUUUCACGGCACAUCAUUGGCCCUCUGGUUAUGGGGGAGUCCUCGGUCUACUCCUAUGGAUGUUUAGAAGGGCUUUAUCAUCACCUUCUGGAAUUCAAAGAAUAGACAAGGUGCUUGCCAGCCAGGUUGGAGACCAGGAAUCAAGCAAGUCUGCUGAUUAUUUGAGAGCAACCCUGGCUCGCCAGGUAUUUGAGGCUUUUCGCCAGGGUACAGGUCCAGCCGUGUACGAUGCCCAACUCUUGACAUCUAGCUGGGGUAUCAAGUUUGAGGAUGUGACUUACAACAAGAUAAGAAUCUGGCAUGGAACGAAGGAUGCAAAUGCACCGGUCGAGAUGAUGCGAUAUAUGGCAGAGCGUCUCCCUCACUGCGAGCUGAAAGAGUUUCCGGAGGCCACCCAUUUUACACUCCAGCGCCAUCUGGAUCAGAUUCUUUCGGAGAUGGUGGUCGCGAAAUAA